CUGGCUAUAUAAGGAGGGGAGAUCCCUGUUGUGGUUGCUGUAUCCAAGUGUGGUUGUUGGUUCAUCAUCACGUUCAAGCAGAUCCACAAGCAGCUGAUACAGACGUUAUGGCUCUCCACCAGUUUGAUUACAUCUUCGCCAUCGCGGUGAUCUUCGCCUUCUUGGAUGCCUGGAACAUUGGUGCCAACGAUGUUGCAAACUCGUUCGCCUCCUCUGUCUCCUCCCGUUCCUUGAAGUACUGGCAAGCUAUGAUCCUUGCUGGUCUUAUGGAGUUCUUGGGAGCCGUUCUUGCUGGUUCCCGUGUCUCCAGUACCAUUAGAAACAACAUUAUUGAUAUCAGCGAGUUCAGCGAUAAGCCAGCUGUUUUGAUGUUGACCAUGGCCUGUGCCCUUGUCGGUUCCUCUCUUUGGUUGUCCCUUGCUACUUCGAUUGGUAUGCCGGUCUCUACUACCCACUCCAUUGUUGGUGGUGUUAUUGGUGCUGGUAUUGCCGCCGUUGGUGCUGAAAACAUCCACUGGGGCUGGUCAGGUUUCUCCCAAAUCGUUGCAUCUUGGUUCAUCGCCCCAGCCAUUGCUGGUUGUUUUGCUGCCAUUGUUUUCUUGAUCUCUAAGUACGGUGUCUUGGAGAGAAAGCAUCAAUUGAGAAACGGUUUCUUGCUGAUGCCAUGUUUGAUCUACCUUACCUUUGCUAUCUUGACCAUGUUGAUCACAUGGAAGGGUGCUCCAAAUCUUAACUUGGAUGACUUGUCUACUAGAGAGGUUGCUGGGUCCAUUUUCGGUGUCGGUGGUGUCGCAUUUGUUCUUUACUGGAUCUUCAUGUUCCCAUACCUUAGAAGAAGAAUUGUGCACGAGGACUGGAGAUUGAAAUGGUACCACAUGGCUAUUGGUCCAUACUACUACUUCAAGUCUACCGAUGACAUCCCACCAAUCCCAGCUGGUCACGAACUGGUUCCAGAUUACUACAAAGGUAAGAGAUUCCAAGAGUACGACAACAACGGUCCGGUUGACAUUGAGUCCAACGCUACUGAGGACAAACAAGCGCACUUUGACCAAGAUGUUGAGGACUUGGAGAAGAAGUACGACACCGAAGAGAUUGUUCCAACCCAGACCUCUGAGGCUGCUACUACUGCCCCAUUGGAGCCAAAGCAAACCACCAAGGAGUUGUGGCUUUCUAUGUUGAAGAAGCCAAGCCAAUGGCCACGUCUCUUGUGGUUGAUUGUCAUCCACGGUUGGACUCAAGAUGUUAUUUCUAACCAAGUCUCUGCUACUGGUGUUCUUUCCAACGAUAUCAAGGACAUGCACUCUCGUGCCAAGUACUACGACAACAAGAUUGAGUACUUGUUCUCCCUUUUGCAAGCCAUCACUGCCUGUACCAUGUCUUUUGCCCACGGCUCCAACGAUAUCUCCAACGCUGCUGGUCCGUUAUCUUCUGUCUACACCGUUUGGAAAACAAACACCACUGCUGCCAAGUCCGACGUUCCAAUCUGGGUUCUCUGUUUCACCGCUGCUUCCCUUGUCCUUGGUUGUUGGACCUACGGUUACAACAUCAUGAGAAACUUGGGUAACAGAUUGACCUUGCAAUCUCCAUCUCGUGGUUUCUGUAUUGAGCUUGGUGCAGCCAUUACCGUCACCAUGGCUACUCAAUUGGCCAUUCCAGUCUCCACAACCCAAUGUGCGGUUGGUGCCACCGUGUUUGUCGGUCUGUGUAACAAGGAUCUCAAGUCUGUUAACUGGAGAAUUGUUCUCUUCUGUUACUUGGGCUGGAUUGUUACCUUGCCAUGUGCCGGUCUUGUUGCUGGUAUCCUCAACGGUAUCAUCCUUAACGCCCCAAGAGCAGGUGUUACUUACACCAUGUCUUAAGCUGCCGCAAGGCGCUUAGACUGUGCAUUGGGCUUUCUAUAUGAUCACCAAUCUUCUUGUGUCUUGUUGGUCAAAUAUCACCAUUCUUAUGCUCGUGCAUCUCUCUCUACAUUGUUCUAGAGCUAGAGACAAAUAGUUGUUGUUUUCACUGAUGUUUUUCAUUAUAAUUAUAAUGCAGGUCCCGUUUACUUUAUGUUUCAGCCAUGCCCUCGUUGAUGCUUUGCCUAACGAUGAGCUGUAGCGCACGCCCCAAAGCUCCUGAAGAAGAGUCCUUCGCGGGUGUAAAUCCAUGCCAACAUCGGAUCCGUACAGGCUCAAUACCAGCGCGCAACAUACGGGCAGAUUCCUUGCCACGGUGCACAGUCCGUGGCUUCCAGAACAGAGCCCACCUGCCUGCGCCUUGCCAUCGGGGUGUGCCAGCCCUCACCACAGCGCCAGGCCACUACACGGAACCUCACGUAGACCUCACGUAGACCUCACGU